UCUGGUUUCUCUCGAUCAAUUUCUGCUUGGGAGGUGUUGUUAGCUUCCCCUUGGUGUGAGGAGUAAGCAUAUAUACUUUAUUCAAGCAUCAAGGAGGUUGAAUGGGAAUUUGAUGCGAGAUGGCGAAACCUACAUCUACGACGGCUCAGCCGUCUUCAGCUCAGCCUCCGCCUCUGGGGAAUGCUUGGGCCGGUAAGAAGUCCUUCGUUUCUGUUCUAUUGGACAAAGCAGAUGCUACGCUAUCAGCUACUACUGGUGCUCGCUAUAAGGGGUUGCCAGCAGCAAACUUCUCAGAGGAUGACAUUCAGAUUCUGGCAGACAAGCAUAAACGAGCUUUGGUUGGUUACUUUUACAAGAGUCGGCCUCCAAUGACUACUCUUCGAAAAUCCUUUGAAAUUAUAGGGUUUAAGGGAGGUUUUCAUUUGGGUUUGCUGGAGAAGAAGCAUGUGCUAAUCAGAUUUGAUCUCGAAGAAGACUAUAUCCGAUGCUGGAAUCGUCAGAAAUGGGAUAUAUACGGUAACGUUAUGAAGGUCACCAAAUGGUCCCCCGACUUUCAACCUAAUGUGGAAUCCCCGAUUGUUCCGGUGUGGUUAACGUUUGAGGGAUUACCAAUCCAUUUGCAUGACAAAAGAGCGAUGUUUGUUAUUGCUAGCUUAAUUGGAACCCCUCUAAAGCUUGAUAUUGCUACUACAACAUUGGCCAGACCAUCUCUUGCAAGAGUGUGCGUAGAGCUUGAUCUAACCAAAGAGAUGCCGUCUAAAGUAUGGAUCCAAACUGGCAAAACAGGGUUUACCCAAUCUGUCAUUUAUGAAAAUAAGCCCCAAUAUUGUCUUUCUUGUCUACACUUGGGGCAUGUUGCUCACAGUUGUCCUAUGAAACUACUGGAGGGGAAGUCUGAAGAGCCUGAGAAGCUAGUGGAGGGGAAAAAAACUAUCAAUGCGGGUUCCAAGUGGGUGGCAAAACUCAAUACUCAACAUACUUCAACGGGGAAAGAAGGGAAGGGGAAUGAUCAACACAGAAUUACAGCGCCAGAAACUUCAGCAAAAGAGAAGGGGAAAGCGAUUGUAGUGUAUGCGCCUGCAAACAAGCAAGUAACUCCUCAGCCUGGCCCUUCCUCCAUGCCUCAAGCUGGUCCUUCCUUCAAGCUGCUGGAUGAGCAGACUAUUAUACAAGAUAAUGCUGAGUCAGACACUGAAGAAAUCUUCCAUGAGGAGCCACCUGCACAGAACAAAGAGGUAGAAUGUCACAAUGAAAAAUGCAGCAUUCAACAUAUGAUACAAGGGGAAAUUC